AUGACAGUAGGCUAUAGUGAAGAGAAUAAAGACGAUGGCACAAGUUUUUUAGACUUAAAGGAAGAAAGGAUUUUACUUCGUCACUAUGAAUAUGCUCUCAAAGAAUUCUGUGCACGCUUCCAAGAUUCUGGACCACAUGAAAAUAAAGUUAUUGGGUUGCCAAGAGAAGUUGUUGGAACAGCUAUUAACUAUAUGAAAAGGUUUUUUCUCAAUAAGUCAGUAAUGGAUUAUCACCCAAAGGAUAUAAUGCUUACCUGUGUAUAUUUGUCAACCAAAGUAGAAGAAAACCAUGUUUCUCUCAGAACCUUUGUAUCUAACAUAAAAGGAGACCCUGAUAAAAAUGCUGACAUUGUCCUCUGUUUUGAACUUUUACUAAUGAAGGAGCUGCAUUACCACAUGACAAUACACAAUCCAUUCAGAGCAUUGGAAGGCUUGAUUAUUGAUGUGAAGACAAGAUGCAAAGCUGUUCAAGCCAUGCCCACAAAAGAUGUUGAAAAAUUAAGGAAGGGGGCAUUUGACUUUAUUGACCGCUCCUUAAGUACAGAUGCCUGUCUAAUAUUUGCUCCAUCACAGAUUGCUUUGGCUGCUUUACUUGCAAGCGCAAGUGAACAAAAAAUUAAUUUAGACAGCUAUGUAACAGAAACCCUUUUAAUGUCUGAAAGCCAAGAACAUGUGCACAAAGUGAUAGAGCAAGUUAAAAGAAUCCGUUAUAUGGUGAAACAUAUCGAACCCAUAAGUAAAGAAGAUGUGAGGAACAUACAUAAAAAAUUGAUGAAGUGUAGAAACCAGGAAAAUAAUCCAGAAAGUGAAGUCUAUAAAAGAAAGAUGGAUGAGCUGUUAGAGGAAGAGGAGGAAUACCAGUCUCAAAAAAGGGCUAAGAUUGCAGAGGAAGAAAAACUUGCUGAGAAAAACCUUGUUGGUUUAUGACACAGACAGAAAUUAUGGGAAUUAUUGCUGAAUCAUACUUAAGCCAUUAGAGAAAUAGGUUCAAAAAACAUGAUUUAACAAUGGAGGCAGACUUGUAGGAGACAAAGCGAUAGAUGAUACUGAGCUGUGUCUGUGUUUCUUUUUCUCUGAUGCAGAGAAGUAAUUCCAUGUAGUAUUAACUAUCAUAUAUGUUUAACAUCAGGGAUUAUCAGAAACUGAACAAAUUAAUUCUUCAGAUGUUGUGGAACCCAUACAGGAUUUUACUGCAACAUAAGUACCAAAAAAAGACAAAAAGGAUUAUCAUAGCAUCAGACCCGAUUUCCGUGCUCUUAUUGAUCUAUCUGAUAUAACAGUGUAUCUGCUAAAAUAUUUUUUGUAAAUAUAUUUAAAAGAUAUAGUAAAGAAUGGGAGAUCAUCAUGGCAUUUGUCUUACUGAUCCUGUUAUUACACUAAUGUUGCCAAGGCAAAAAUGCUGUAUAUGCUGAUAAUGAAAGUAUCAGGUUAACCUUCAUGUACAAGUAUUUCGCAUUUCAGUGCCCUGUGUAAGUCCACUGAAAAAGACCUUUGCAUUGGAUAAUAAUUUAGUUGAGAACUGUUGUGUAUUGUGUAAGUCCACUGAAAAAGACCUCUGCAUUGGAUAAUAAUUUAGUUGAGAACUGUUGUGUAUUAUAUUUAUUUAUACCAAAUCUUUUAACUGAAAGUAAGAGACAUGCUAGAUCAAUGUUUAGUGGACCUUAUUUACAGAUGGUCACUUCUAACAUUAAUUGCUUAUACUGUGACAGUAAAGAA